AUGCCUUACAAACAGCUAGGAAAUGAAGUUCUGCUCUUUGCAACUAAGCCUUGGACCUUCUACAUUAACAACAUGGAGAAUUGGGGUCUUAUUAUUUUUAGAGAAGACAUGCUGAUUCAUAAGCCUGGUUACACUGAUGGUCUCAAGAACAUAGAGUUUACAAUUCGAAUGAUUGCACAUGAAAUAGCUCAUAUGUGGUUUGGAAAUAGUGUUACCUUAUCCUGGUGGAGUCAUUUCUGGUUAAAUGAAGGUUUUGCUCGAUUUUACGAGAUCUUUAUGACCGAUCUGAUCUACAGCAAUAAAUAUCACAUGGAAGAACAGUUUGUUGUAGAUAAUCUUCAGAGAAUCCUUGAAAAGGAUGCAGUAGCUACUUCUUUGCCCUUAACUAGUACCGAGAUAGCCAUACAAUCUUCUUAUGUAAUUGACAACGAGUCCAACCUCUUCCCAAAUGACAAGGGUGCUAGCAUCAUUCGAAUGUGGCGAAGUUUAAUGGGAAGCGACAACUUUAACAAAUCUGUCAACAGUUACCUGAAGCAAUAUCAUUUAAAAAACACAAAUCCCAGAGAUUUGUUCGCUCAUCUCAAGCAAAACUGGCCAGCUCAGCCUGAAGUUGAUUUGGAUACGUUCUUUUCAGACUUCACGGAGCAGGUGGGCUACCCAAUGGUCAUUGUGAACAUCACCCAAGAUAACCAAAAAAUAAUCCUACACCAAAAACGUUUUCUAUAUGAUUAUGAAGACGGUAGUGAUGCCACCUUACGUUACACUAUUCCAAUUACCAUCACGAAAAAUCUGGAUCGAAGCUAUUAUAAUCUGACACCUUAUACGUACUUUAAUAAGAAUGAGACUAUGGUUGAGAUCCCAUUUAAAGAACCGAUUGACUGGAUUAUCUUGAACAAUUUUCAAACCAACUACUAUCGAGUUUUUUAA